UUUUUUAGGCAUACAUUUAGUGCUCUGGCAUUACAUACAUACAGUACAGUACACUAUAACUCUCAAUACAAAACACCAGUUUAUCUAUCAAUAUAUAUAAUAAUAAUAAUAAUAUUUAAUCAAUCAAUCAAUCAAUUGAAUUGAUUGUGUGUUUUGUUUUUAUUUUUUUGUUUUUAUUUUUUUUGUUUGUGUUAUUUAAUUGAUUAACAAGUAAUCAAAAAACACGGUUAGGACUACACACACACACACCACAUGUCCGGCCAUUGGAUACGACUGUCCCGACAACAACAACAACGACAACAGCAUUGGCGCCGGCAGUGAAAGAGAGAGAGAGACUGAGUGGCCAACAAUAGUUAGACCGCCGAUAGACACACGUGUGUCUCACUAUUAAUACCGAAACAACAAUGAAUAACAACACCCGCCGGACAAGUGGUGGCCACCAAUUGUUGGUCGCAUCGGCCGUAUUGGUUGUAUUGUUGGCCUUGGCCGACAUCGCCGCCGGUCAGCCACCGCCGCCGCCGUCGACACAACUAUCUCUAUCGGAACUGUUUUCCUUCGAGAAGUUGGCCCAAUACUCGAGUCUGGCGUCAUGUUUUGCCGUAUUUCACGAAGACUUUGCCUAUUGUAAUCGGGAAGCCGAAAAACGUGGCCGCAAAUAUCUGGACGGUAUGGACGAAAAUUCUGAAUGGGUACGUCGGGUCAAAUGUUGCGGUACAUGGAAACUAAGGGACUGUUGGGUAAAGUUUGCCCGUCAAAAGUGUACCGCCGAUCAAGUUAAACAAGUUAGCCGAUUGCCGUAUACUUUUAUGAAAAAUUUGGAGACAACUUGCGGCGACUAUCCGGACGGCAGCGACCGCUGUCGGCUGCCUGUCUGGGCAAUAGCAUCGGCUGCAUUGGUCGGCCUAUUGCUAUUGGCUGUAGCCGUGUUUUUUGCUGUUCGCUGCUAUCGGCGCCGCCGACGACUACAAGGACGUGGCAAACAACACUCGGCUUCGGCACCGAACUAUCCGUCCGCUGCCAUCACUGCUAACGCUGUCGCAACCGCUGCCGAGGAGGAGAAGCUCAAAACUAACGAUAUGGACAGCGGUAAUCAUUCGGUUUGA